AUGUGGGAACGCACUCUCCAAGAUCUCAUCCGCGGGCUGCGCGCCAACAAGAACGACGAGGCCAAGUUCAUCGCCCAGGCAAUAGAUGAGAUACGCAAGGAGACCAGGAGCAAGGACAUGGAGCUCAAAGCUGCAGCCAUCAUGAAACUCGCAUACCUCGACAUGCUUGGCUAUGAUAUGAGCUGGGCAGCAUUCCACAUCGUCGAGGUCAUGUCCUCGCCUCGGAUACACCUCAAGAGCGUCGGCUACCUCGCUGCGGCGCAGUCCUUCAACGAGGACACCGAUGUCCUCAUGCUCACUACCAACCUUCUCAAGAAGGACCUUAGCUCUGCACCUGCCGAUGUCGCCGUGACGUUGAAUGGCCUCUCACACAUUGUGACGUACGAUCUCGGUCGUGAUCUCAGCAGCGAGCUCAUUGCCAUGCUCAACCAUUCGCGCCCCCACAUCCGUAAACGUGCCAUACUCGCUCUCUAUCGCGUAUUUGAGAAGUAUCCGGAUGCUAUACCGCAUGGUAUCACACGACUGCAAGAGAAGCUCGACGAUGCUGACUCUGGCGUCGUCGGAGCAGCUGUCAAUGUCCUUUGUGAGCUUGCAAGAAAGAACCCGGCAGACUACCUCCCCUUAGCACCUCACCUCUUCCACUUGCUCACGACAUCGUCCAAUAACUGGAUGUUAAUCAAGAUCGUGAAACUUUUUGGCUCCCUCAUGCCCCACGAACCGCGUCUCGUCAAGAAGCUCCAGCCACCAAUAACCGAUCUCAUCGCGUCAACCUCAGCUAUUUCCCUUCUCUACGAAUGUGUACACACCUGCAUCGUCGGCGGCAUGCUGACCGGUACCUCCGGUUACUCUCUCGCGCAAACGUGCGUAUCGAAGCUGGCAGCCUUCCUCGAGGAUCCAGACCAGAACCUGAAGUACAUCGCGCUGCUGGCCAUGGUGAAGAUCGUUCCGUCACAUCCGCAUCUCGUUGCAGAGUACCAGAAGACGAUCUUGAGUAGUGUGGAUGACGAAGACAUGAGCAUACGCAUGCGGGCGCUCGACCUUGUCUCGGCUUUGGCCACAAGAGACAACCUACAAUCCAUCAUUCAGCAAUUGCUCUCGCAUCUAGCAAAGCCCGACACGUCUAUGCCCUCCGCCGUCGAGUCGCUCUCGCAACAGCUUGUCGCACCAGCACAGAACAAGCCUACCGCUCCUUCGCAGCAAUCUAGCGCAUAUCGCAUUGUGCUCGCGCAACACAUCGUGUCCAUCUGUGCACAGGACACAUACGAGCACGUCGUCGACUUCGAGUGGUACUUGUCCGUGCUCGUCGACCUCGCGUACAUCUCCAACGUAAAUGUUGGCCCAUUGAUCAGAGACCAGCUCGUCGAUGUCGUUGGCCGUGUGCGCGCGGCGCGCCGGUAUGCUGUGCAGCUGAUGGUUCGCGUGUUAAGCGAUGAUACGUUCUUUGCGAAUGCGAGUGAGCCAGGAGGAUGUGCGGAGAUUCUGUGGGCGGCUGCGUGGAUAUGUGGGGAGUUCUGCUCGGAGCUCACUUCGCCAGAAGAUCUUCUACCGUACUUGCUCAAGCCCGAAAUCGCCGUUUUGGACGCGGAGACUAUCGCAGUGUACAUCCAGGCAGUGUUGAAAACCUUCGGACAAUGGGCCGCAGACUGUGCACAAGAGUGGUCAGAAGGCUUGCUUCCCCAACUGAAGAACUCAGUCGACACAAUUAUCGAGGGCCUCUCCCCGCUCGUGACGAGUCCACACAUCGAGGUCCAAGAGCGCGCCGCAAACGUUAUCCAGCUGUUUACCUUCGUCAAGCACGACCUCGCCGCACACCAGCCAAAGCACGUGUUGGACCCUACGACUGAGAACGCGUUCGCAGACGGCUUUGACACCAUGGCGGGCGUGGCCGUCGAACCUACGUUCCCGAAGAGCUUGUACCUCAUAUCGCCACUCUUCAGCUCGCAUGAGCUGCACCCGGUAGCCCCUGCGGCGCAGGCGAGCGUGCCAGUGCCCGAGGGACUCAAUCUUGACGCAUGGAUCGUGCCUGAGAUGGAGGAGAAGCCUGUUGUUAGGCUCGAGGCAGACGAGGAGGUUGUCGAUCGGAAAAAGAAGGGCAAGAAGGGCAAGGAACGGGAGAAGGACGGGCCUGGGAAGGUAAAGAAGGGAAGCAAGAAGCGAAAGGAGGAAAGGAAUGAUUAUGGGUAUGGGGACACGCUUGCUCCGGCGCCUGAUGAGACGCCCGAGGAGAAAGCUGAGCGCGAGCGGGUGAGUGAUUAUGAAGAUUGA